AUGUCUGAAGCAAAUUUAGCUGUUUGUAAGGAGUUAGUCAACCUAAUUCAAAAUCCAAAUGCUGCUAGAUGUAUGCAGAUGAAGAUCAACAGCACAUUUUGCAGGUGGCUAUGCGAGACAGCUUCAGAGAUAUUUAAAGAAGAACCAAAUGUAUUAAAAGUGUCCGGAAAGGCAGUCAUUGUUGGCGACAUUCAUGGCCAAUUAGAUGACCUCAUCCGCAUUCUCAAAGCAACAUUCCCACUAAAGGAGACGUCCUUUAUAUUCCUAGGAGACUAUGUAGAUCGUGGCAAGAAUUCUGUUGAAGUUAUAUCUCUUUUAUUUUCAUUGAAAGUUUUAUACCCACAAAGAUUUUUCAUUCUCAGAGGAAACCAUGAAAGCAGAGUCACAACAAUGAAACAAGGUUUUAUGGCAGAGUGCAGAUCAAAGAUGAAUAAGAAAGUAUAUGAUUAUUUUGUUGAAUGCUUUGAUAAGAUCCCAAUUUGCGCUGUUUUGAAUGAUCAAGUUUUCUGUGUUCAUGGUGGCCUAUCUCCCUAUGCUGAGAGCAUUUCUUCGAUUGAUGAGAUUGAUCGAUUCUGCGAGAUUCCUGAGAGCGGAAUAUUUAUGGAUUUAACUUGGGCAGAUCCAGCUGUAAUUGAUGAAGAUUUUUCAAAAUCUCCACGUGGAGAAACGUUUAUCUUUGGAAAGUCUGCAGUAGCAAAGUUUUUAGAAAAGAACAAUUUGAAACAAGUUAUAAGGGCACAUGAAAUGAUACCAGAAGGUUUUGAAAAACCAUAUGGAGAUGAUUCUUUGAUAACAAUCUUCAGUAAUGAAAAUUACUCAGGUUCCGGAAAUAGAGCUGCAUAUAUUAUUCACGAUGGAGAGUCAAAGAUUAUCACACUCCCAAAGUUUUUAAAGAAAUAA